CGUUUCGAGAGGGGUUUCCCCUUCUCUUCUCUUCAUCUAUUUCCAAAAUGGCUUCCAUUCAAGAAGCUAUCGAUUCUAGCCCCGCUGAUGGCACAGGUGUGCUCAAGCUCGACCCAUGGCUGGAACCUCAUCGAGACGUGCUGAAGCACCGCUACAGCUUGGUCAAGAAAUGGGCCAAUGCCAUCAACGAGUCGGAGGGUGGACUGGACAAGUUCAGCAAGGGUUAUGAAUCCUUCGGCCUGAUUGCCCAGCCCAAUGGCGAUAUCACCUACCGCGAGUGGGCACCCAAUGCUGUGGAAGCGUCGCUGGUCGGCGACUUUAACAACUGGGAUGUCAAUGCAAACCAAAUGAAGAAAAAUCCCUUCGGCGUGUGGGAAGUCACAGUCUCUGCGCAAAAUGGCGCCCCGGCGAUUCCGCACGAUAGCAAGAUCAAGAUCACAAUGGUCCUCCCCAGCACCGAGCGCAUCUAUCGCAUCCCAGCAUGGAUCAAACGUGUCGUUCAGGACCUCAACGUCUCGCCCAUAUACGAUGCGGUUUUCUGGAAUCCGCCCGCCAACGAGCGAUACCAGUUCCAGCACCCGCGGCCCAAGAAGCCCGAGAGUCUGCGAAUCUACGAGGCUCACGUUGGUAUCUCGUCUCCCGAGACGAGAGUCGCGACCUACAAGGAGUUCACAAAGAAUAUGCUGCCUCGCAUUAAGUACCUGGGCUACAAUGCUAUCCAGCUCAUGGCCGUCAUGGAGCAUGCUUACUAUGCCAGUUUCGGCUACCAGGUGAACAACUUCUUCGCUGCCAGCAGUCGCUACGGAACCCCCGAGGAUCUGAAAGAGCUAAUGGACACUGCCCACAGCCUGGGCUUGGUCGUUCUGCUGGACGUCGUGCACAGCCAUGCUUCGAAGAACGUGCAGGAUGGAAUUAACAUGUUCGAUGGCUCCGACCACCUCUAUUUCCAUGAGGGUGCCAAGGGUCGCCAUGAGCUAUGGGACAGCCGGCUGUUCAACUAUGGCAACCAUGAAGUGCUGCGCUUCCUCCUGAGUAACCUUCGAUUCUGGAUGGAGGAGUACCAGUUUGAUGGCUUCCGCUUUGACGGUGUCACCAGCAUGCUCUACAGUCACCAUGGUAUUGGAACUGGCUUCUCCGGCGGAUACCAUGAGUACUUCGGUCCUAGUGUCGACGAAGAGGGCGUCACAUACCUGACCCUCGCCAACGAAAUGCUGCACAAGCUCUACCCCGACUGUAUCACGGUAGCAGAGGAUGUAUCGGGGAUGCCAGCCCUGUGCAUCCCCCAUGCCCUUGGCGGCAUCGGCUUCGACUACCGCCUCGCCAUGGCCGUCCCAGACAUGUACAUCAAGCUUUUGAAAGAGAAGGCCGACGGCGAUUGGGACAUGGGCAACCUAACCCACACGCUGACGAACCGACGUCACGGUGAAAAGACCAUUGCCUAUGCCGAGAGCCACGAUCAAGCAUUGGUGGGCGACAAGACCCUAAUGAUGUGGCUCUGCGACAAGGAAAUGUACACACACAUGUCCGUGCUCACCGAAUUCACACCCGUCAUCGAGCGCGGCAUGGCAAUGCACAAAAUGAUCCGCCUGAUAACCCACGGCCUGGGAGGCGAAGGCUACCUGAACUUCGAAGGCAACGAAUUCGGGCACCCGGAAUGGCUAGACUUCCCCCGCGAAGGCAACGGCAACUCAUUCUGGUACGCUAGACGCCAGCUCAACCUCACCGACGACAACCUGCUCCGCUACCAUUUCCUGAACGACUUCGACCGUGCGAUGCAGCUGACAGAACAGAAGUACGGCUGGCUGCACGCGCCGCAGGCUUAUAUCAGUCUCAAGCAUGAGGGCGACAAGGUCGUCGUCUUUGAGCGCGCGGGAUUGUUGUGGAUCUUCAAUUUCCAUCCUACUAACAGCUUCACGGACUAUCGUGUUGGCGUUGAUGUCCCCGGCACUUACCGAAUCGUCCUUGACUCGGAUGACCCGGCGUUUGGGGGUCUUGGGCGUAAUGUCAAGGAUACGAGGUUCUUCACGUCUGAUAUGCCGUGGAACGGACGGGGUAACUUUGUGCAAGUUUAUCUUCCCACGAGGACUGCUUUGGUCCUUGCUCUAGAGCAGACUCUGUAAAGGCUCUUAUGGGAUAGAUAUCCGGGCUUUGUGAUUCAACAAUACACGAAGGAACACUGCAUAGUUUGAUC